AUGCAGGGAACGACACCGGCAAAAAGCACAGAGAGAAGGAGCGGCGAGGGGCGGAAAAGUACGAAGGGAGAAGGAGACUGGCGUCUUCGCGUGGACACGCCCUGGGCAGCAGCGUGCAUUGCUAUCCUGCUUGUCGCCCUCGGUCUGCACUAUAAGGCACUUUGCGAGGACCGCACCGAGUUGUUACUGCCAGAGCUUAUCAACUCGAUGGAGACACAGUGCUGCUCGUUGGGCGACGUAUUUGAGCGUCCCGCGACGGAGCCGCUGCUUCAUCCUGUGCCCUCACAGUUUGGCGUGGCGGUAUGGGUUGAGCGCGAGCCUUGGUCGUUGCCGGUGCACGACGCGCUCGAUCGCAUUGAAGAGGCAAUUAGUCGGGGCUUAGACGCCACUACUGCCGCGGCAUCAGGGCCGCGUGGGCCGCGGUUAAUUCAGCGCAUGGUGCGUGUGGCUACAAAACGGUUGGGGAAUGGCAGUGGACAGGGCGACAGUGCCUCUCUCGUCCUUGAUGCAACAACUCAACAGCUAGGCUUGGGGGUUGCCAAACACGUUUGCACAGCGGAUUUGCGUGGAGAGGUGGUGAUGUACGGUAUAAGUUUCUUCCGCCGAGCGACCUCGGCUGCCGGUACUUCACACGUGGAAUGUCUAUCUUUUGAUGAGGGGCGGGCGUACUGCACCAUUCCGGAAAACGCAUCUUCGACGUGGUUGUCGCGGGAAGUGCCAGCCGCCGUUGCAACGUUGAUGUCCCGUUGGUUGAAACUGUCUAGCUUUCGUGACACGGCCGAGGUGCAGCGGUGGACGUUGAAGCGUAAGGUGCACAGUUGCAUCUACGCUCUGCGAGCCCUGCGGCAGCUUGAGCGCUCUGUCGCCACCCACCCAGACAUGCCAGCACCGUUAGACGUGGCUGAGACGGUCCAUCGACUGCAGGCGUUGAUUGAAGCCGGGGAUUUCAUACAAUUUGCGCGGGCUGCGGACGACCUGCAGUUUCACCCACUUCUUCUGCCCCAACUGUACAUUCCGUUGGACCAGGCGCUGGUGAUUCAUUUCUCGAUCCUGCUGCCUGUGGCAGUCAUGACAAUUCUUGGAGUGCGCCUGACCAUUGCGGCCCGAAAGCGGCGGCGCAACGCCGCAAAAAAACAAGAAACACCAGAUGUGAAAAACGACUGA